UUUCACUGCAGAGCUUAUCCGAUUCGGUUUUACUUAUUGUUCCAAUUAUUGCCUGGUAAUCUGUCACCCGUCAGUGACAAAUCGCAUUUGGCACUUAAAGAAAUAAGAACAUUUGUUAAAUAAAUAUUUUUAUUGUAAAAUCAUGUAAUUGUAUCAGAAGUUUUGUGUUUGCGACGGACACGUAAGUCUAGUCGUGUUUUAGAAAAUUACAAAUAUUGGAUAAAAUGAAUCAUUUAAAAGUGUAUAUUUUGUGGCUAUGUUUUGUAUUAUCGGCGGCUACGGCGCUCGGCCCUGAAAGUAAUAAGAAAGGCGAAGAUUCCUCUGAUGAUGAUGAAAAAUCAUUGGAAAAUUUGGAGUCGGAAGCGAUUAAUGAUCCGGAAUAUUACAAUGAAUUAACUGAGGCUAUUAAUAAACAAAUAAUGUCAAUGCAAGAGUAUGCAGAUGCAGUUAGUAAAACUACGCGACUUUUAAAGAAAGAGGAAGAAAACCUAGACACAUUAGAUCCUGUUCAAGCAGAUAAUAAAAUAGGACAAAUGGAGUAUACUUUAAAGUUACUAAGACUUAGUUUGUUGAAACAAACAGAGCCCAAUUGGAUGCCGCCCAGUAAGACGUCUAACCUGCAUGAAAAUGAGUUUGAGACGAUGGAAGAAAAUCCACAGGAUAUCCUUGAUGCGUUGCCUCCAUUACCUGAAGAGAAAGAAAUAGAAUUGUCACCUGAAAUGAAAGAAGCAAAGGAACUAUACGAAUUAGCCAUGGCCAAAUUAGACCGAAGAUCGCCCGACCUUCGUGCAGCUAUACUUCAGGUGAAGCAAGCCGCCGAUUGGGGCUACGUACCCGCUAAGAUCAAACUAGCUUGGUCGUACAUUUACGGCGAGGGCGUUGAACUCGACGUGGAAAAGGCUAAGAAGAUAUUUGAAGAGUUAAGUGAAGAAGGAAACGCCGACGCUCAUGCGGGGCUGGGCUUCCUGUACGCGACGGGCGUGGGCGUGGGCGUCUCGCAGGCGCGCGCGCUGCUGCACUACACGCUGGGCGCGCUGGGCGACAGCGACUACGCGCAGAUGGCGCUCGCCUACCGCCACUGGGCCGGCGUCACGCUGCCCAGCUCGUGCCCCAAGGCCAUGGAGCUGUACAUGUCGGUGGCGCAGAAGGUGGCCGACCAGGUGAGCCUGAACGGCGGGCCGGCCGUGCAGCGCGUGCGCCUCAUGGACGAGGCGGAGGGCGGCGGCUCGGGCGCCGCGCUCGACACCGACCUCAUCGAGUACUACCAGCUGCUGGCCGAGAAGGGCGACGUGCAGGCGCAGGUCGGUCUCGGCCAGCUGCACUUUCAGGGCGGUCGCGGCGUGACGCUGGACCUCAACAAGGCGCUGCACUACUUCCAGCAGGCCUCUAAGGCUGGGAACGCGGUCGCGAGCGCUUUCCUUGGCAAGAUAUACCUCGAGGGAGGCGACGGAAUCAAAGCUGACAACGACACGGCCCUCAAGUACUUCAGGAGAGCGGCCGAACUCAACAAUCCCGUCGGUCAAAGCGGCCUCGGCCUCAUGUAUUUACAUGGUCUAGGAGUACCGAAAGACACGGCAACGGCCUUUAAAUACUUCGCGAUGGCGGCAAACCAGGGCUGGGUGGAGGGCCAGUUGCAUCUUGGAUUGAUGUACUUUGCCGGUGCCGGAGUGCGUCGCGAUUUCAAGCAAGCCAACAAGUACUUCUCGCUCGCGUCGCAGUCGGGGCACGUGCUGGCGCUCUACUACCUGGGGCACAUGCACGCGCAGGGGCUCGGCGUGCUGCGCUCCUGCACCACCGCCGUCGAGCUAUUUAAAAACGUAUGCGAAAGAGGCCCGUGGGCCUCCCGGCUGAUGCUGGCGCACGCGGCGUGGCGCGCGAGGGACACGGAGUCCGCCUUCCUGCAGUACCUGUCGCUGGCCGAGCGCGGCUACGAGGUGGCGCAGAGCAACGCCGCCUUCCUGCUGGACGAGGGCGAGGCGGGCGGCGCGGGCGGCGCGGGGGGCGGCGAGGAGCGCUGGCGGCGCGCGCUGCAGCUGUGGGCGCGCGGCGCGGCGCAGGGCUGCGCGGGCGCGCGCGUCAAGCUGGGCGACUACCACUACUACGGGCUGGGCACGCCGCGCGACCUGGACGCCGCCGCGCACCACUACCGCGUGGCCGCCGACACGCUGCACAGCGCGCAGGCCACCUUCAACCUGGGCUACAUGCACGAGCGCGGCCUGGGCCUGGCGCGCGACCUGCACCUGGCCAAGCGCUGCUACGACCUGGCGGCCGACGCCUCGCCCGACGCGCGCCUGCCCGCCGCGCUGGCGCUGGCGCGCCUGCACGCGCACUCCGCGCUCGCCGGCCUGCUCGAGUCUCUUUCGCAGAGUCCACUCGCUUUCAUCUUCCUGCCCGGUGAAUCGACCUUCCUGUCGAACUGGGACUUGUAUCUCAUCUCGGCCCUGGUGGGCGCCCUCGGCUUCGUGAUCUACCUCCAGCGACCGAAUCAGCCGGCCAACUGAACGAGUGAACUCAGUAAACUAUUGCUUUAACGGUUCGAAGUCCAAACGAAAUGAAUCAGCGAAUUUUACAAAGACAAUUUAAUGUGAACAAAAGUGUUUUCAAAAGAUAUAGUGCAAUUUUAAUUUAGUAACACGCGUCAAUGUUUUUAUUUAUUAUUUCAGUUAUUGUUUAAUAGUUCUUUCGAAUGUAUUGUGUUAAAAAAAAUCAGUCAAAGGAGUGACAAUACAAAUUCCAUUACAAAUAUUUUUAAUCUAUAUUUUUUGUUUGAUAGCUAUAUAGUGUAAAAAAACACUUUGUAAAUACAAAUAGUUAUAAUAAGGUU